AUGCAAGAUAAUCAAAGGCUGGAGCAACUCAUUCUUCGUUUCCAAAACAUUGAAAAAAGCUUGGAUGAUGUAAAAAGAGAAAUUAAAUCUGUUGGGAGAACAGAAAGCUCAGAUUCCGAGAGCAGUACAAAAGAUGUUGUUGCUCCCUCCAGUCAUGAAAUUGUUGAUGAAGAGCAACAACAAAAGCAAGAGCAAACUCCGGCUAGCUGUGCUAUUGUCCAUGAGAGCAAUUUUGAAAAGGAAGAACCUAAUGAUACGGAGCUCAUCAAAGUGUUGAAGAGUCAAGUGAAAAAGCUUGGAUUUAAAUUUGCCAAAUUUUCUCAAGUACCGACAGAUUAUUAUUCCCGAAGUUUAGAGGAGAGAAGAGACAUUCUUCAGACAGACUCGAUUCAUCAACUUUGUAAGAGUUUAAUUUUGGAAAAUUCAAAAUGUGUGAAGACUGAUUGCUCCGAUAGGAACAAUUCUAAAUAUUAUUGUGUUAUUGUUCAAUAUUCGGCAAAAUUCAAUUCGAAAAAGCUGACAAAAUUUGUUAGAGAAUUAAAUCAAGGAAAGUUAGGAAAAAAGCAAUUUGUUUUCAGCUUAACUGAUGCUAAUAAGGCUUUUGAAUUAACUGGUUACGAUUACAAUGGUGUUUCUCCAGUCCCUCUCCCAUCCAAAGAGCAUGUGAACAUUCCGAUUGUUUUAGAUAAGAAAAUUGUCGAUGACCACAAACAAUUUUGGAUUGGUGGAGGUACAGAAGAUUGGAAAAUCUUAUUCAAUACUGAUGAGUUUAUCCGUAUUUUCAAUCCAUUUGUGACAAGCAUCACUUAUGAUGGCACUGGUGAUGAUGAAGAAUAA